GGCUGUCCUGCACCUAAGGCAGGAAGAUGGUGGCCGCAAAGAAGAGGAAAAAGUCUCUGGAGUCGAUCAACUCUAGGCUCCAACUUGUUAUGAAAAGUGGCAAGUACGUGCUGGGGUACAAACAGACUCUGAAGAUGAUCAGACAGGGCAAAGCGAAAUUGGUUAUUCUCGCCAACAACUGUCCAGCUUUGAGGAAAUCUGAAAUAGAAUACUAUGCCAUGUUGGCUAAAACUGGUGUUCAUCACUACAGUGGCAAUAACAUUGAAUUGGGCACAGCAUGUGGAAAAUACUACAGAGUAUGCACACUGGCUAUCAUUGACCCAGGUGAUUCUGAUAUUAUUAGAAGCAUGCCAGAACAGACUAGUGAAAAGUAAACCAGGAAAGUUUUUCUUUAAUAAAACUUUACCAGAGCUCCUUUAAA